GGAAAACAGUGAGCUUGAUCUAUGAGUCCAGACUUAAAGAAAGGACCCGAGCUGGGUCUCGGAAGCAGAUGCUCACGAAAGUUCUGGGAAAAAAGCCGAGGGUGGAGAAGAAACCUGGACUAAAAACUGCGCAGGCGCACUUUGAAUUUCGGCCGGCGCGACGCCACACCAGGCCGGAAAUCUGACGCCAAGUUUACGUAGAAAGACGCAGGGAAGGCCGCGAGGAAGACGCCGGCUCUCGGGUCACGGGACGCGGCGGGAGUGUCGUUGGCUCCUCCCUCUCCAAGAUGGCGUCUUUGCUGCAGUCGGAGAGGGUUCUCUACCUGGUCCAGGGAGAAAAAAAGGUUCGGGCCCCGCUCUCCCAGCUCUACUUCUGCCGCUAUUGUAGCGAGCUGCGGUCGCUGGAAUGUGUGUCUCACGAGGUGGACUCUCAUUAUUGUCCCAGUUGCUUAGAAAAUAUGCCAUCUGCUGAAGCCAAACUUAAAAAAAAUAGAUGUGCCAACUGCUUUGACUGUCCUGGCUGUAUGCAUACCCUUUCCACCCGGGCAACAAGUAUCUCCACACAGCUUCCAGAUGACCCAGCCAAGACCACCAUGAAGAAAGCCUAUUACCUGGCUUGUGGAUUUUGUCGCUGGACUUCUAGAGAUGUGGGCAUGGCAGACAAAUCUGUUGCUAGUGGUGGUUGGCAGGAACCUGAAAAUCCUCACAACCAACGGAUGAACAAAUUGAUUGAAUAUUACCAGCAGCUUGCUCAGAAAGAGAAAGUUGAGCGAGAUCGCAAGAAACUAGCACGGCGUAGAAACUAUAUGCCUCUAGCGUUUUCGCAACACACUAUUCAUGUAGUGGACAAAUAUGGUCUUGGAACCAGGCUUCAGCGACCACGAGCUGGUACAGCUAUCAGUACCCUUGCCGGACUUUCCCUUAAAGAAGGUGAAGACCAGAAAGAGAUAAAGAUUGAGCCAGCUCAGGCCUUAGAUGAAGUAGAACCUCUACCUGAAGACUAUUAUACAAGACCAGUAAACCUAACAGAGGUGACCACCCUUCAGCAGCGUCUCUUGCAGCCUGACUUCCAGCCAAUCUGUGCUUCACAGCUCUAUCCUCGCCACAAACAUCUUCUGAUCAAACGGUCUCUACGUUGCCGGAAAUGUGAACAUAAUUUGAGCAAGCCUGAAUUUAAUCCAACAUCUAUCAAAUUCAAAAUCCAGCUGGUUGCUGUCAAUUAUAUUCCAGAAGUGAGAAUCAUGUCAAUUCCCAACCUUCGCUACAUGAAGGAGAGCCAGGUCCUCCUGACCGUUACAAAUCCAGUGGAGAACCUCACCCAUGUGACUCUGAUGGAGUGUGAGGAGGGAGACCCCGAUAAUGUCAAUAGCACUGCUAAGGUGGUGGUGCCUCCCAAAGAGCUGGUUUUAGCUGGCAAGGAUGCAGCCGCAGAGUAUGAUGAGUUGGCGGAACCCCAAGAUUUUCAGGACGAUCCUGACAUUAUAGCCUUCAGAAAAGCCAACAAAGUGGGUAUUUUCAUCAAAGUUACCCCACAACAUGAGGAGGGCGAAGUGACCGUGUGCUUUAAGAUGAAGCAUGAUUUUAAAAACCUGGCAGCUCCCAUCCGCCCCAUUGAAGAAAGUGACCAGGGCACAGAAGUCAUCUGGCUCACCCAGCACGUGGAACUCAGCCUGGGCCCACUUCUACCUUGAAAGGUUUCCCUGCAAAGCAGAUCCCAAAGGACAGUGUUACCAUAAACCUGUGUAAAAAUGUGGAAGCCACUGCUUCCUUAGGCCUUGUUUAUAACAAUGUACCCAUACACGACUGAAUCCUGUUCCUAGGAAAGUGGGAGGAGAGGCCAGACAUUAGGAACACAGGGUAACUGCUGUGCUCCUCUUGUUUUCACCUCUGGUGACACUGGUAAGUCUGUGUCUCCCUCACUGAGCCCUGCACGUUGAAUAACAACAGUUUAGUUCCAUCCCAGUAAAGGGAAUGGCUAUUCCCUAAUGCUUGGAGUGGCAUUAGAUUCAUCACCUGAGAAACUCUGACAAUACUACUAUUAAUCUGAUCUCUCAAAGGAUCACAGUCUUACAGAAGAAACUUAAAAAUGAUAACCCAAAGGUGGACCUGCUAUUAAUGAUCCAGCAUUGGUCUCAAUGUACCAACUGCUCUCUGCUACUAAGUAUAAUUCUAAGCAAUCUAAAACAUAUCCCUUCACUUGCCUGAUGACUCCCAUUUUGCCAUAUAUUUCUAUUUGACAGAAGUGUAGGAUUGUCAUAGUGUCUUUAGCUGUGUGAUUGGAAAAACCUGUGAAGUUCUUAAGGCGCUUUCAUCUAUUUGCCCUCUUCUAAGUGAAUACCUUAGGACAUUUAUUAGUUACUCUUAAAUUCCUUCCCCCUAGACUGUGGAACUUUUUCAUUUAAAAAGAAUUUGAGAAGCAAGCAAUUACAUGUCAUGUCACUUAACUAUUGCCACAACAUCCAGGGAUUAUGCUGCCACAGGGGCAGUCUUUGUCUUACUUUCUACCCUUUCUCCUCUUCUCUGCUUCUUUAACUCAGUAAGUUGUCCUGAGUAUUUGGGACCUGGAAAGAGCCCAGAGAAAACCUGAAUGAAUGUAUUCACUUCUGGAAUGCAGAAAACGUUUUAAAAUGCUAGAUUUUUUUUUUUUUUUAAAUGCUAGAUUUUUAGCAUGACCUGAACUAACAUUCUUUCCAUUGAUUUGAAGGAGAAGUUAACUGUUACAAUCUCUUGAAUCCGAAACUGGAUAUUAAAAGAAAUUUUCCCCUGUCAUAUGGUGAGUCAGACAAGACCAUUUUGAUUGUAAACCAUAAAAUAGGUCAGCAAGUAGCCUAGAAGGCUGGCCUAACAGCAGACAUGCUGUUUUCACAUGGUAUCCAGCUGGGUUGUUAAUCACAAUUUCUGAGAUGUUUUCUAAAGUGACAAUUGACAAAGUAGACCACCAACUGCACCAUGUUUCUGUAAAAAGUAUUGUUAGUGACCAAGAGACUUUUGAGAAAGAGAAAUUUCCUGUUUAUCCUGGUUUUGCUUUAAGUCUUUAUUCUACAAAAAAGAAAAAAUAAGGUAUUUUGUAAUCUAGAAUACAGACAGGACAUAGUCCUUGUCAGCUCCCUUGAAAGAUAAAAAUAUUUAGGAAGCUUUUGAAAGACACUAAAUUAUAUUGUAAAGGUCAAGCCAAUUUUAUGAAACAAUUCCUGCAGAGUAAUACAUAUGCUGCAGUGUAAGAAAAAACCCCACUCAUCUAAUAUGGUAAUUAACAAGGUUUAGCCUCUUAGGAGCUGGGGCAGGGGCUGAUUACAAGUUUACACACAAUAGAAGUAGUUUUUUAAGUUCUUGUGAUCCCCCUUCCCCCGCCAGAGUGUCAAAUUUUAUUUCACUACCUGCUAGAUAGAGCCUACUGUGAACCUGGUGUUCCCUAUUUGCCAGUGGAGGAAAUGAGCAUCAAAGUAGAGAAUAGCUUCCUAUGUUUACACGUGAGCGUAGGCUACACACAGUUGUAUGUCAUGCAUUUAUGGCAUGUAGCUGAUAUUUGUUCCCAAAAGUAAUAAUGUUGAAGUAAUGGGUUUUAUUGCUCCCAUGUGACACAGAAACACGAAAACACUUUUGAUGAUAGAAAUUUUUUUUCUUCAGAAGCCAAAUUAACUUGUAGAGUAAAAGAGCCAUUGGUUUAAUGUUUCCUCAAACUAGGUUUUAGUGCAAGCUGGUAGUCUGUAUGUUCAUAGAAAUGGUUCAACACCUGCAGCUGGUGAAUUGGGGACUGUAUUUGUUCCCUUUUUUAUAUUAGAUCAGGUGCAAGAAUUUUAAUGCUAGUCGGCGUGCACCACCACAGAGAGUUAGAUGCUGUUGGCACUCAAAACUACAAUUUUGGAAACUUAAGGCUAAGUUAAUUUGGAUUUGUGAUUUGAUUCACCCACUAAUGUUUUCUUUUUGUUUAAAGUGCUUAUAGGCAUAAUGAGCUAAAUGUCAAGCGUAUUUGUGGAGAAAUAUCCUUUUUGGUCCAUUUUGGGAAUGAGAGGCACUUCUUGAUCUUUAUGAAUGACAGGUUACUGUUUUGCCUUAUUGCUUAACUUAAUGUAGUGAAAUAAAGCAGACAAAGCUUG